AUGCUUCCCAAUCCACUAUUACCAAACCGUAAUGAAGAACCUGACAAAGAUGGUUUAAUUGGCUCAUCAAUACAGCGACAAGAGUUAAAAUAAUUGAUUGACAAUGCUUAUGAAGAAUUGCUGGCGGUAGAUCAGGCUAAAUCAUCUGUGCAUGCAGGAGCUGCUGACGAAACGGAAAGUCAUCAAGAAGAAAGUAAGGAUGUAAAUGAUUUGAAAAUAAUUCGAAAUGAAAGAUUACCAAAGGAACCUUAUGCAAGUGAUCCAAACUAUAUCGUUUUUGUAAGGCAUUUGUCUCUCGGCGUCCUGACGCGUAUGUUUUCGCUGGACGAUUCCGUAUAUUCUAUCUAUGACUGGACAGGUUCGUUACCAGACUCACCAGAGCAUUUUUAG